UUAGAAAACGAACACUUCCAGUAGGAGUGACCUGUACGCUGACUUCCCUGUCGUAGAGGAAAAAUGUCACCAAAGUAUAAAAAGAAGGCGGUGGCGUCGAAACAGAGUCAGAACACGUCACUUGUUGCAACCGUCUGGAAGUAAUAUAACACUCCCUUUUUAGCCAUGUACUUGCUGGUGGUUAUUGCAACGUGGUUGGUCGGGACAGCCGAUGGUUACACGUUCCAAAAACCAGUUGGGCCAACCGCCGUGCAUUAUCCUAUGACUUCACAUCCUCAUUUGAAUGCUGGAGUAUACGGUAGACAUCAAUCCUGGCUUCCCGGUGGUGUCAACGCACAUCCUGCGGCUGGAACACGUCGUCAAUACACGCCAGUUAAUCAAGCGCCAGGUGCUAGAUCUUAUUUUCCUAAGCAGUCGCAUGUUGCAGUCCCGCCGAGCGUCCCGAAAGCCAGCGCUUACCAAGCCCAGCAUGGAACUCAAGGAACAAUCAAAACAACACGUCCUUACGCACCUAAAGUCAGUUCCGUGAUCAAACCAUUUCCACCGAAACAACCUGAUGAAAAGGUGGCAGUCGUUACGUCGCAGUCCUAUCCGUCCGGCCCAGCGGCAAAAAGCCAUGCCCCGGUACACAGUCCAGCAUAUAGCCCAGCAGUGAAACCCGUUCCAGCAGAGGCAUCAAGUCAUCCGGGUACAGGCAGUUUGGUUACAAAUCUGCCACCACCGCGUUGGAUUCCUUCAUAUGGCGUUGGUAAUACUAAGACACCCGUGUACCCACCAUAUCCAACUGGACCUGCACCGGCUACCGGAGGUUACCAACAGCAACGGGCAAAACAACCGGCUGGACAAGUAUCCACCAUGAAAAUGAGAAAUGAAAAAGAGGCGUCGAAUGAAGGUUCACUGGAGACGCCGUUACAAACUGCCGUUUUGAUUACUAGAAAACCCAGUCAGGGAGCAAAGAUAGAAACAAACGACCAAACCCCAGACGUCCCAGCAACCCAUUCGGAAAUGCAACCCAAUGUCGAUUAUCCUACCCAUACUUUUCCAACAAUGACUGGAACCGCUUCAACAAAUGCUAGCACGUUGCCAACACCAGAAACUCUUAAUUAUCAGAACCCUUCACCUAACGUUGCACUUACUUUAUCCGACAACUUGUCUUCAACAUCCGUACCCCAUUUGGCAAUUGAAGAUAAAAACCUCCCACUUGAAACUGAUGCACCUGUGGCGCCGAUUGAAGUAAAUGAAGUUCACACUCCGCAACCUAUUCAUCCGGAAUCCAGUGGUGAGCAUGUCUUACAGCCGGUUAACCCAACAACUGAAGCUACCCUUGCAAUGAAUGAUGGCAGUUUUUCUGGGGAGAGCCAAGAGGUUAACUACAAGACCAAUGCAAAUGAGCAACAAUUGAUUCCCGAACCGGCUGUGAGUUACCAAGUUCCGCUGCAGUCCGCUUACGCAACGUCCAACACUAACUUGCAAUCAGUGGAGGAGAUUUCCAACACAAGUCGCAGAAGUAGGUGAGGUCUUCGAGCCCAGUUAUUCGCUAGGGG